AGACGAUUUUUUUCCAAUCUUAUGCUGUAGCUGUCGGAGAUUAAUUUAUAUAUGACAAGUAACAAACAAGAGUCAUUCUUGAGAAACGAUUGAAAAUCACAAUGGUGAACAAGAUAACCCGAGAAGUCACCUUUAACUUCCCGUCUUCUUCGAUCUCUGAAUGGAAUCACGAUGUCUUCUUGAGUAGUUUCAGUGAAGAUCCAAGCAACAAAAUCAUCAUCAACGGCAUCUACGAUGCUUUGGUCCAAAGAGGGAUUCACGCCUUGAGAGGCGACAACGAUGAACACAAGCAGCUGCGAGGAGGAGAGAAAGCAUUAAUUGAAGAAUCGAGGAUCGCCAUAGUUCUUUUCUCAAGAAAAUACGUUUCUUCAAUGUGGUGUCUGGAUGAACUGGUGAAGUUAGUUGAAUGCAGAAGCAAUGGGAUUGGUCUAACUGUUUUACCUGUUUUCUGUGACGUCGACCCAUCGGAUGUACGGAAACAGACCGGUAGUUUGGAAGAAGCAUUUGCUAGAUAUGGGGAGCAUUUCAAAGAUGAAGAAAAAGAGAAGGUGGAGAGUUGGAGGGCAGCUCUUACUACAGUGGCUAACCUUUCUGGUUGGGAUCUGCAUAACGUUUCCAAUGGGCAAGAGGCAAAAUUUAUCUAAAUAAUUGUUGAUGAAGUUUUGAUCGUCCUCCACAUAUCGUUCGUAUCAUAGGGAUCUGUGGUAUUAGCGGACUGGGUAAGACAACUAUUGCAAAGGCCAUAUAUAAUGAAAUUUA